GUUGUACCCCACCAGCGCCUCAGAACCGUCACGAGCACGUACGGACUCAGACGCACUCUCGGCACUCCGAGAACAGCGAGGCUGUACAGUUCGAGUGAUAGAGAGUAACAUACAGUAGACGUCGAGCGCGCGUUUUUUUUUUUUUUCAUUUUCGAUCACGAUCAUCCGAUCGAAAACGCGUGACGUUACGAAGAGCAUCGUGAGGAUUGGAGCUCCUCGAUCGGCGAUUCGGCUUGGGACCAUCGGAGGACCAAUCUUCGCAGAAGAUCCACUCACUCACUCACUCACUGGACUCUCUCCGUUAUCCUCUUGUUUUGUGACCAGUGACAGUAUAAAGUGUGAUCGCAUCAUGUCACCGCACACGGGCUACACGCCGGUCAGCGGGAUGGAGUACGAGGAGCCGGUGUCGCGCACCUAUCAGUACCGCAAGGUGAUGAAACCGAUGCUGGAGCGGAAGCGACGCGCCCGCAUCAAUCGCUGCCUGGACGAGCUGAAGGACCUGAUGGUGACCGCGCUGCAGGCCGAGGGCGAGAACGUGGCGAAGCUGGAGAAGGCGGACAUCCUCGAAUUGACGGUGCGUCACCUUCACACGCUACGCGCCGCACGGAGGCUCACGCUCACGCCGGAGAACAGCUACGCCGACCGAUUCCGCGACGGCUUCACCCAGUGCGCCCAGGAGGUGUCGACCUUUCUUUCGACACCGGUCGCCGCCGCGGUGCAUCCCGCCGCGGGAGCCCAGCUUAUGCGACAUCUCGGUGGCUGUCUUCGACGACUGGAGAGUCCAGCUGGCGCCAAGCACGCGCUGCCGACGGCGGCAACCACGGCGCCUGCGACCAAGACGGCUCAUCAAGCGCCCACGAGCCAAACGAACGUUCCCCAGAACGUGUACACUCCACCGCAGAGCCCUGUCAGUGUCGCGAGCUCGUCGGGCGAGUCCUCGGAGUCUUCGAACGCGGUCUGGAGACCCUGGUGAUGAGGCAGUCGUCGGCGACGGUGACCACCAUCCUGAGAUCUCCGGGGCGGACGUUCGAGAAGCGAUCGAGAAGCAAUCCGACGACGAUAUGAAGGAUCCUCCGGCUGAAAUGACACCGCGAGGUGGAAAAACGACGAAUUGCUGUCUUCCAAAAUGAAACUUUAGCGUUAGCCUCAAUGGGAAUUCUUUGAGAAACUCUUUACUUCUUUUACGCAGUUUACUCGAUCGCAUUGUACAUAGGUGAUUAAAGCUUUAAGUGACGUCUGUGAUAGGGUUCCAUUUUGUACCUGAGAUGACUAUUUUCUCAUAAAUCAUAGCAACUAUUAUAUAGAUGUUAACUUGUUAUGUUUAAGAACCUUUUUCGACGUAAUGGCGUCCGGCGUCUCUGUUGAGGCCGUCGGGCGGUAUCAUCAUCUUCAUCAAUAAACGUCUUGUUUUAAUGAUAAACGAUAUCGAAUCACCACCCACCACAUAUCCGCAUCCUUCUUUUCUUUAUUAAUCUUCUUUACGAUAGAAUUAUAUGUAAAAAGCGCUAUAUGAUUCAACGAAACGCUAACUUCAUUCAAAGAACACUUUUUUAUUAUAUUAUAGAAUUUAAAUUCAUGACUUUACUAUAAAGAUUAAUGUACUUGUGCAAAUUAUUAUAAAUUAAUUAAAUGAAAGAGAUAAAUAAAACUUGAAUUUUUUUAUAUAAGUAA